AAUUAACCUUCAGAAGUAUCAAUUGACUAUUCAAAAAUGAUUUCUCCAAAGUUUUCGCUUACUCACUACUCUUACAAUGCUAAAACAUUGAGUAGUCUCAACUCAACUACGGCUCCUCAUAUAGUAAAUUUAUAUUUGGACUAUAACUGUCCCUUUUCAGCAAAGCUUUACUUAAAAUUCAAGUCUUCUGUUGUGCCAGAGUUGAAUAAGAAACAUCCAGGCUUGUUUCAGUUUGUUUUUGUUAAUGUGGUUCAACCAUGGCAUCUGAAUUCCAUUUUUUUAAAUGAAUAUUCAAUUGUAUUUGCCAAAAUCUUGAGAGAGAAAGGUAUUGAUAAUUCUAAUGAGCUUUUCUGGAAUGUUUCCGAAGUUCUUUUUGCCAAUAAAGAAUCAUUCUAUGAUACUUUCAAUGUUAGCUUGAAUCGUAAUGAAAUAUAUCAGCAAAUUAAUGAUUUGGUCUUUGAUAAACUCUCAAUCCCAUUUGAUAAAAAGGAAGUUUUAAAGGGUCUCACUAUCGACUCCAAUGAGUCUAAUCCAAAUAACGAGGGUAACGAUGCUACCGCUGAUAUCAAAUAUUUUACAAAAUACUUAAGAGGUGUUGGUGUUCAUGUAACCCCAACUGUCAGUGUUGAUGGUAUUGCCAACGGUAAUAUUUCAAGUGGUUCUGAACCUGAAGAAUUGAUCAAGAUUUUAGAAUCUAGUUUAUAAAAACCAAUUUCAACGAUAAAAUUAUAGCGUUGGUGUCUCUACUUGAAUGAAAU